GGGAAACUCCCGUCUGGGAACGACAACUCCCAACGACCCCCAAGAACAAAGACCAGCAACCGCGAGCGAGAUACCCUGCAACGCAACCACAAAGAAUGAAAUACCUACCUCGAUGUGCAUACAAAAGAGAGACAUAGCGAAGAACGACAAGGAUCAGACACAGCGCACGGCGGCGGCACAGACAUGCAUUUUCGCUUGGGGAUGACGUUCGACUCCAAAAGCCAUGCAGGCAAGACACUCUUUACCAGUGAUACCCAAAUGGAGGAGAAUGACAUGUUGCGGCUGAAUUCUCGGUACGUUGUCGGUACAUGUUUCUGGAAACCGAGGAAAGGGGUCCCCCGUCGAGUACGUUGGGUCCUCGAACUAUCAAGUUCCAGCCUUCUUGCCAGCGGAAUGAAGCCUUGGCUUGAUGAUGCGAGAUCUCGUCAACUCGGCGUGCGAAUGGCGCCGACUUGUAGCCUCUUGGCCAUUGUUGCCCAGGACUGGGCCAAGCAGAGGUCCCUGAACCCGGACAAGUUUUUCCCCUUUCCCUCAACACAUCCAUUUGUAUACUAUGCCACGGACAGGGCGAACUUCCGAUUUAGGUCUCUGUACCGCAUGUCAGUACGCGGCGUGGUGGGGUUUCCGGCUGCGGGCUCUGCAACUGCAUGCAAGAGGGAAAUGAAUGGGAUGGGGAGGUAUGGAUUUGCAUUCCGGGAUGGCACCAAUAAUCAAGGGUCCAAAAACCAUGUGUAGGAACUGAACGACUGGUACCACAUGGCAGGGAUACAUACCUC